UCCAUUUAAAAUUGGUUGAAAUUUUAGUAGGCGGACAGUUAAGUAGUGAAUUGAAAGACAUCUCUCCUAGUAAAUGAAUAUGAUUAUUUUAAGUGCUUUGGGAUUGUUCUUUAUGUUACCUAAUGUCCUGUGUUUAAGUGAAGAAAUGCAAGAGUUAGCGAACCAGUUGCAUGACACAUGUGUAGGAGAAACUGGAACUACUAAUGAUGCUAUAGCUAAUGCUAGAAAUGGCAACUUCGAAGAUAGCGAUAGCUUCAAAUGCUAUAUAAAGUGUCUUUUGGACCAGAUGGCUAUAAUUGAUGAUGAUGGUAUAAUAGACGUUGACGCAAUGGUAGCUGUAUUACCGGAUGAACUGAAGGAGAAAACAGAGCCGAUUAUUAGGAAAUGUGGCACACAAAAAGGGGCAAAUCCGUGCGAAAACGCCUGGCUGACCCACAAAUGCUACUAUAAGGAAGGACCAGAAAUAUACUUCCUGAUUUAAUCACUUUUUGGACUGAAAUAUUCCGGCCCUACAUAACCUAAAUUUUAAGGUAUUUAUAUUGUUGCUCUUUGUUGAAUGGUUGUUAAAAAUUAAAUGUUGAAACAGUG